UCGUAGCGGGCGGGGAGCUGUAGGGGCCGGGCUCCGCUGCGGGCAGGGAUGCUGUGGGGCCACCGCGGCGCUUGGCUGCUGGAGCUCCGCGGUGAGGCAGAGUGAAUGCUGAGGACAGAAGAGUUGGAUGACAGAGACCACUGAAUUUCUUUGGAGUGCACGUUAUGAACCCUUUGUGGAGCAUGUCUGCAGGCUCUGUGCGAAAAGAUAACAGUGUAUGCUGGUGAUCCUACAAAUGUGGAAACGUAUCAAGAUCAAAAUGAGAUCUACACACCGAUCAGAUGGUGAAGAGAAGACACUAACAGGGGAGGUGAAAACCAGUCCUCCACGAACUGCACCAAAAAAACAGCUCCCUUCUAUUCCCAAAAAUGCUUUGCCCAUAACAAAACCUACAUCUCCUGCCCCAGCAACGCAGUCAACAAAUGGCACACAUGCUUCUUAUGGACCCUUUUACCUGGAGUACUCGCUUCUCGCAGAAUUUACCCUGGUUGUGAAGCAGAAGUUACCAGGUGUCUAUAUACAGCCAUCUUACCGCUCUGCAUUAAUGUGGUUUGGAGUAAUAUUCAUACGGCAUGGGCUUUAUCAGGAUGGCGUGUUCAAGUUUACAGUUUAUAUUCCUGAUAAUUAUCCGGAUGGCGACUGUCCACGCUUGGUGUUUGAUAUUCCAGUCUUUCACCCACUAGUUGAUCCCACCUCAGGUGAACUAGAUGUGAAGAGAACAUUUGCAAAAUGGAGGCGGAACCAUAAUCAUAUAUGGCAGGUGUUAAUGUACGCAAGGAGAGUUUUCUACAAGAUCGACACAACAAGCCCCCUCAACCCAGAGGCUGCAGUACUGUAUGAAAAAGAUGUGCAGCUUUUUAAAAGUAAAGUGGUCGACAGUGUUAAAGUAUGUACUGCUCGUUUGUUUGACCAACCGAAAAUAGAAGACCCCUAUGCAAUUAGCUUUUCUCCAUGGAACCCUUCUGUACAUGAUGAAGCCAGAGAGAAGAUGCUGACUCAGAAAAAGAAGCCUGAUGAACAGCACAAUAAAAGUGUUCAUGUUGCUGGCCUGUCAUGGGUAAAGCCUGGCUCAGUACAGCCUUUCAGUAAAGAAGAGAAAACAGUAGCAACUUAAGAGAUGGUGAUCUGGUGCACCAUGCACUUUCCUGCUGGACUCUGGCCUAGUUAAAGCUGACUAAUGGCGAAGGACUGCCUGAAGUGUAAACUGCGUGAACAGUAACUGGUUAUCAGUGUUGUCGUGUAUGCGUAGGUUCUAACAGCAGGUUGUGGAAACCUCAUCAAGUAAUGCUUUACUUCUGUCAGAAGUGUCAGGGUGGUUAUCUAGUUCAGUACUCCAAAUUAUUGGGGACCUUGAGGUUUUAAGUAUUUUUCUGAAUACACUACUAGAGGUAAGUUGCAUUUACUUAAUAGAAUGGAGUGAGAUUAGCACUACUUAACAGUUUGCUGGUUGGUGGUUUCAGUUGUACAUAUGUUGGGCUAUGGAGAAGAAGGGUGUAGAGAGCAGGUUCAGGAGCGCAGCACUUUGAAGUGGAAGAUUGUCUGAACUUCAUUUCAGCCUACUGUCUUACAGAUCUAUAACUGCUAUCUCUGAGAAACAUCAGAAAAGUAGCAGGAAACCAGAAUGCUUGUUCCUACUUGUUUUUUUUUAAAAAAAGCAAAUCACUGUAUUUUUAUGGCAGGAGGGAGAAAAAGUGUUAAAACUGUUUCUAAUGAAGUCAGAUAUUUAAAUGAUGAAUGACUAAUGUGUUUAGUAGAGAUAAAAUAAAUCAAUAAAUGAUUGUUUUUUGUCAUUUAUACAGGACACUAAAUAAUUUUUCAAUAUAACUAAACAGACUAAUUUAUAAAUUGCUUUAUUGAAAAAUACACUUAUUUUCAUAUAAAAUUACAGUAGCAGUAUCAGGUUUUAUAAAUAUUUUUUCAGAACACUAUUCUAAUUGAAUAGUAUAAAUUCUAUUAUGUCUUUUAGAGCAAUAUGAAGUUACCUAGUAACUUUGUUUAUGAUUCAAUUUACAAUUAAAUUUUCUCCCUAAUAAGAUUAUUAAUUCAACGUUAAAACUACUGGAACAAUAAUGAUUAAUAAAGAUAUAUGUAGAUAAUUCAACAGCUGUUAAAUAUUUUUCUAAUUUGUAUAAUGGUACUAUGUACUAAUAAAAACCUAAAUUCUCCAACAUAUUUUUUUAACUUCCAGGAAUACACCCAAAGAUACUUCUAAAGGAAGCAGUCAUAAUUUUUCAAAUCAAUGCCCUCAAUUUGACUUGAUUUUAAAAUCUUGCUUAGCUAGCUGAUCACUAUGUAACAUUACCACCAUAAACUGGAGAAGUCUACACAUGCCCAAAAGGUAGCUACUAAGGCAUUAACAGUCUCUUAAAAAGUAUAAAA